GAACUUGACCAGUUUCCACGCAACAUCUUAUAAUUCUUCUCCCACUCCUCGUAUAUAAACCUCUCCCAUCCUCACCUCUUUCCCACACUCAUAUCCAAAACCGAAUCCACUUCUCUAACUAAUGGGCGUGUUCAGCGAAGAUCCGAAUCCCAACCCGAACCCGAUCGUGAUCCGAGAGGUUUGGGCCUCCAAUCUCGAAUCCGAAUUCGAACUCAUCCGCGAACUCAUCGAUCGCUACCCUUUUAUCUCAAUGGACACAGAAUUUCCCGGUGUUAUUUUCCGACCACAUGUGGACCCCACCAAACCCUUCAACCACCGCAACCGUCCCUCCGACCACUACCGCCUCCUCAAGUCCAACGUUGACGCUCUCAACCUCAUCCAGGUCGGCCUCACCCUCACCGACGCCGCCGGCAACCUCCCCGACCUCGCCGGAAACCGCUCCAUCUGGGAAUUCAACUUCCGUGACUUCGACGUGGCGCGUGACGCCUACGCUCCCGACUCCAUCGAUCUUCUCCGUCGUCAGGGCAUCGAUUUCGCGCGUAACACCGCCGACGGCGUGGAUUCCACGUGCUUCGCGGAGCUGAUGAUGUCUUCGGGGCUCGUGUGCAACGACGCCGUGAGUUGGGUCACGUUCCAUAGCGCGUACGAUUUCGGUUACUUGGUGAAGAUCUUGACGCGCCGUAACCUACCGACGAGGUUGGAGGAAUUCUUGAAAACCGUGAAGGUGUUCUUCGGAGAUAACGUUUACGACGUGAAGCACAUGAUGAGGUUCUGUGACACGCUCUACGGCGGAUUGGACCGCGUUGCACGGACGCUUAACGUGGACCGCGCCGUAGGGAAGUGCCACCAGGCCGGGUCAGACAGCUUGCUGACGUGGCACGCCUUCCAGAAGAUUGUUGACAUUUAUUUUGUAAAGGAAGAGCACCGAAAACAUGCCGGUGUAUUGUUUGGACUAUAGGCAUUCUGUUAAUUAUAAAAACCUAAAAAUAAUAAAAAUUCAAUUGAUUGAUUAUUUA